UUUUGUUGUUCAGUAUGUCUCUAAGAGGUCGGUUUGAAGGAGCAUUAGUAGGCGCUCUAGUCGGCGACGUUUUGGGCGCUCGAUUUGAAGUGUUGGAUUGGAGUGAGAGAAUACCUCUGUUUAAAAUUCGAGAUUUCACGCGCCGUUUCGGUUUUGAGAGGCGGAGAAAGCACACGAGGACAUCAGACACAAGAUAUACUGAUGAUACGGCGAUGACAAGAGUGUUGGCUCGAUCACUGAUUGAAUGUCGGCGUUUCAACGCAAAACGUACCGCGGAGGGAUUUUGUAAGGAGUACUUUGAGGAACCGUGGAGAGGCUAUGGAGGAAGUGUUGUUAGAAUUUUUCGUGUGUGGAAAGAUGAAGGAAUAGAUGACCCGUUUCGUUUGGCGCGAGAACAGUUUGAUGGUAAAGGGUCAUUUGGCAAUGGAGCGGCGAUGAGAAUAGCGCCAGUUGCAUUGUAUGGAUAUUACGAUUGGGAUAUGACAGAAAUGGCUGCUGAUGGAAGUGCAAGGUUGACUCAUUCUCAUCCAGAUGCUGUCAGUGGAGCAGUUUUGCAAUGUCGAGCAGUUUGGCAAGCCUUGCAAGCCGACCAACACGUGGCUAUGAACACAGAUGAUUUUAUUGCUGAAUUGAAGAAGGUCUUACAGCAUGAAGAGGCGGCGAAACUGAACACUCUGCAUCGUGUUACAAGAAGCACAGAGAGUAGCAUCAUGCAGUCAUCCCCAUACCACAGCCAGCUACUAAAGAUGCAAGUUCUCCUAGCAAGAGGAACACCACAACUCGGAUACGACGUUGCAGACGCUCUGGGCAACGGAGUCUCAGCAAAAGAGGCCGUUUCAACUGCCAUUUAUGCCUUUCUUCAUUCUGUGAAAUACCAACUGUCAUUCCAUGAACUAAUGGAUUAUGCGAUUUCCAUAGGUGGUGAUACGGACACGAUUGCUAGCAUGGCAGGUGCGAUAGCGGGUGCUUAUUGUGGGGUUGAUGUGAUUCCUAGACAGUUUAGGGAUGCAGCGGAGAGUGUGGAUGAUGCUGUUGCAUUUGCUAGCUCGCUGUAUGACUUAGCGACGUCUUUGUCGUCUUCUACUUGUAGUUUGUAACCUUUUUUGGAUUUGUGUGGUUUUGUAGUUGGUGCAUGUGCAUGCGAGGAGAGGACUGGGUAGGAGUCUAGUGUGAUUUCGUAAUGUAAUGUGUUUUUCAUUGAGUGAGAUUAUAGUAGUACAUGCUUUGUACAUA